AUGUUUAAUCCAGGCAAGUACUCAAGCAAUGACAUCGAACGCUUCAAGGGAAUAUGCACGCGAAGAGAACCCGGCAGGGCGCAGCACCAGCUGCGCGAGGGCUCCGAUGAUGAAUGGAAAAUCAUUCAAGGUCUAGCAGAAGGCAGCAUUGUCAGCAGGCGUCUGCCGGAUUUCAUCAGAAGUAUUCUAGACUCUCAAGAGCGGCUGCGUCUGUACAGCACGAUUCAAGCGCAGGUUGAAGGGGAGCUCAUGUUUGUUUUGAACGGCUAUACGGGCGUGCGCGUAAGCCGCCAGCACACACGUGCGCUCCAAGAAGACAUUCUGCUCGCAGCCGAGCGGGCUAAUGUGAAUUUGACGGAGCUGCAUGGGUUGCUAAGUCAAACCAAAACGAUAAGCUUCAACAGGGUCAAGAAGUCAAUCCAUUUCUUCUUUUUUGAUCGCGCGACAGCUGCGAGGCAUGCACUGACACCAGUGCCGUUCAAAGGAAGAGUGUACCGCUUGAUGAACGUACACGGGCCCGACCGCGGAACCCCGUGGGAGCGCCAGUUAGGACGCGCUGGUGUUAGUAUGAGCCCGCCAACGGGAUACGAAGUCUGUCUAUACAACAUCACGCGCUUCAUGGACAUCGGACGACUGACAGCCUUUUCUAAAAAGCACAGUCAGGCCGAAUUCGACUUCGAGGAUCUUGAUGCCUGCACGCCGAACUCUCGCACUUCUACAGCGUGGAAAGUAACAUUCAAAUUAGCAGGAUGCCCAGAAUUCCUGCGGGGAAUCCAACGAAUCAUUUGGUUCGGGGCAAGCAAUGUGAUCAAGCACCCGGCUGUAGGUCGUCGCCUGCAGUGUCUACGUUGCGGGCAGCUAGGACACACUCUCGCGCGGUGCAACUACACGGACGACCAUUUAAGAGGGCAAGGAGGACUGGUGGCUUGUGAAGAGGAGGUGAUCAAUCUCGUGGACCUAGCCAAACCGUACGGCAACAUGAAGGAAAUGAAGGAGGCAGCAGCAAAAUGUUUGCGCCUGCACCAGCAAGCGGAACGAGCAGAGGAAGAAGCCGUGAGUCCGACGGCGAAUGGCCACGAAGUGGAGCUCGGAAGACCGCAGCGAGAUCUCGAACCGGCGGCCGAUCAGGCAGGAGAGCCGAAAGGAGAUCACCACCGAGAAGAAGCCAGCCAGCAACAGCAGGCACCUACGCCCAAGCCUCAACCCAAAUGGGUAACAGUCAAGCUGAAAGGAGGACGGACCUUGUUCGCCCACAGGGCAGCCCUGGACCAGAAAAUAAGGCAGCGCACUCGCGAUAUGACGUCCUAG